AAAGUAUGGAGCUUUGUGGUCCUCACAUAUUCUUUUUUGUUGACUAAUCGUGGUGUCUGGGUCAAUUCCUACCAGCACAGGUUUCAAGUAACUCGAUUUGUCCAACAAAGCUAGCUUGGAUAGAAGAGAAGAAAUCACCUAGUAUUAUUUCAUCCGUUGGGAUUUGAACCUGAGAUUUCGUGAUUCUCAACUCACUUAGAGAUGGAAAAUAGCAAAUGGGAAGGGAAGAGAAACAUGGAAGAGGAGGAUGACGAGGAAGACGAAAAUGUUGUAGAGGAUACCAAAAGGAAGAAGGUCUUGAUUCGCUCCGGAAGGAAAGUAUCCAUGGGAGAGGGGUCAAGGCAGCCUUCCUGCCAAGUUGAGGACUGCACUGCAGAUAUGGUGGUUGCUAAGGCAUACCAUCGCCGCCACAAGGUCUGUGAAUUUCAUGCAAAGGCUCCGGCAGUACUUAUUAAUGGACUCCGACAGCGUUUCUGUCAGCAAUGCAGCAGAUUUCAUCAGUUGGCGGAGUUCGAUGAUGCAAAAAGGAGUUGCAGGAGACGUUUGGCAGGCCACAACGAACGCCGCCGUAAAAGUGCACAUGAUUCUCCAGGAGAAGGGUCAAGUUGAACGGGCACCUACUUGUGGACUGAUGGGAAUAGAAACUCCCUCUGAAACAUAUAAGAGUUUUAUCAUGCUCGCUCUCUUCUGUCAUUCGCCAAAUUUCCAUUUUUAACUAAACAUGUUAUCUUCAGGUAUGCAUGGAAUAGUAGUUUCAUUUCACUUGAAAUGAAAAUAAUAUGAAAGAAUGUGUCAUCUUUAACUUUGUCUGUUUGUACUUCGAUAGUUCGUAGACCGAAAAUAUAGUAAUCCUAUAUUUCAUAUGGAUGCUGCUUGAAAACUACCCUAUUGACAUGCCAUCUCACACUACAAAGUUCUUUUAUUAUUGUAAUAAUUACCAUUACUUUCCUGACA